AUGGGACUUGGCAAUCUGUCUAUGACUCACACUACUGAUCUAACGAAUGACAAGGAAAAACAGAAACUCAGGAAACCACUGGUAGAGAAAAUGAGGAGAGACCGUAUGAAUGGCAGCAUUGAGAAACUGAGGCAGAUACUGGAAAAGAUAUUUCCAGAAAAGAAUUCCAGCUCCAAAGUGGAAAAAGCUGACAUCCUUGAAAUGACUGUGAGCUUUCUGAAACAGCAGCAGGAAGUGCAGAACAAAGCUAGAACAUCCUUAGAAAACAGCUCCCUGUUGGAGUACAAAGAAGGCUAUUCCAGGUGUUUACAGAAAACACAAAGGUUCUUCUCAUGCUGUGAAAGUAGUAAGAAACUUCAAAUGAAAGUGUGGGAUAAUCUGCAACAAGUAACAGUUACUGAGAACAUCAGUCUCCCUGAAUCACCAGCAACACCAUCUCCAUGUCAGCUUUUCUCCCAGCAGGCCACCAUAAACACAGUUCCACUUAUCUGGAGGCCAUGGCUAAUAUAA